AAUUUUCGGUACGGCUCGCGCGAGUCCCGGGCUCAGUGUCGAGUGGGCUGCCUGGACCGCAGGCGCCUCUCCGUCAGCCUCGCGCAGCCUGCGAAAGCCUUGAGGGUGAUGCGAUACCCUUGCUUUUCGAAUAACCGUUGAUCCCGGUAUUUGCAGGGCUACGGUAUAAACGUUGAGUCAAAUUCCAUGCCGCGACGCGAUAUUGCAUCUCCAACGGCGAGUGAGUGACGACGGACGUUUCGCGGUGCACGCGAUUACCUGUCGCGCUCACGAGUGUACGAUAAAGAGGGAAGUAAGCGAGGUGGAAGAAGACGCAGCCACAUGUCGUGCCGAGUAAAGUGAUCCGGGAUCGGGAUAUAGUGAGGUUUUUUUCCCCUUAACCUACUCCGUAGUUCGCUCCAAGUUUUCCCCUUUUGUUUUCUUUAGUCUUCUUUGUUUUUAUUUAUUUAUUUAUUAUUUUGUACGUUAAUAAUGAAAACGAAGGACGACCAGUGCACCGGUGAGAAGAUGAAGACGGACGAAGAAGGAGGUCGCGCGGAAAACGGAAGGCUGCCAAUAUUCGAGGAAACGUGCUACACCGUAGCUCGGAAUACGCUUAAGCUUCCGAAUUAACCGCCGACGAUCAAAUAUCGACGGAAUAACAAUACAUACGUAGAGAAUGAAAAUUUGAGUGAUUUAUUAUUAUUGUUAUCAUUACUAUCAUUAUUAUUACCAUUAUCGUUAUCGCAAUUAUUUUCUCGCGGGACAGACACAGCGAGAAAAUUGAUUUGAUCGAUCUACGCGUAUUAUUGUAUAUAUCGUACGACGAUGUUUACGUGUGAUAAAAUUAGCGUUUGCGAUAAUAAAUCAUCAAAGUUCACCGAUUAUUGUCAUCGCGGUACGGUAAAAAGCCGGAGAUCGAGUAGCAAUGUCGUUUGAUUUUUGUACGUCUAGAAAUCAUUGAUGUAUACGUAUUAUACGGUAUAUUAUAAUGAAUAUCGGCGAUGACUACUUCGCUAAUUUUCACGCAAUUGACGUUAUUGCGAAUCUAGACUCGUAUAGGAUAUUACACGACAAUUAGGGAAUAAUGAUUAUGACAGAUUUAGUAGAAACAAAUGAGCACGUUGGCACAGCAUAUGGACUAUUCCAAGUGAAGAUGUAAGGAAUGAUCACGUGGGUGAUGGUCGGGCUGCUUCUGGCUGCGGAAACGACCUGCGGCAGAAACGUCCAAUCCGGGAAUGGAAAUGAAGACUCGAAACAAAAGAGCAGCGGUGUGAAGGCGACUACCGCUGAUGACGAGGAGAUAUAUCGCCUGACCUGCUACACCUGCGUCAACGUCAGCGACAACCAGAUGUGCAACGAAUGGGCGAUAGACACUCCGUGCCCAACGGCGGGCCGGGAUUUUUGCCGAUCUUUGCACGUUCUCGACAGUCGUGGAAACAGCGUACUGGUGAGCAAGAGCUGUGCAACGAGCGACGAGUGCGGCCCAGCAUCGGUGGGAUGCGUACCGAUCGACACCCAGAAGAUAUGUAUUAGCUGCUGCGAUGUUAGCUACUGCAACGUCGAGUCGCCAACGAACGCGACAAAUGCUAUUUUCUCAAGGAAGAGACGUACGAAAUCGAAACCUAAACGUAAACCGCCACGGAAUAGCGCCAACGGUAAAACAGGAAGCGGCGUACCCUCGUGCAGUCCUGUGUAUCUCGUGGCCGCGUCACUUCUAUAUGCAUAUCACUCAUGAAACGGAAGACGAAUGUAAUUAAAUCAAUUCAACCGUGAACAAAUUAGAGAAGAUUGACAAUUAUACUAUAUUAUAAAUAUAACGAUUUCUAAUGCCGUUUCAAAAAGUAAUUAAGUUACACUAUGCGAAUCAAGGUUACCUUAAUCGAUUGAAAGAAUAUUAUUAUAAUAAUAAAAAUAAGAAUAAUAAUAAUAAUAAUAAUAAUAGUAAUAAUGAUAAUUAUAAUAAUAAUUCUAUAUCUUGGAAGAACGCCGAAUCAAUGAAUGUCUACAAGAAUUAUAAACGAGCGGCAUCGAUGCGAUGGAAAGAUAAAUAGACGAAAGUUAGAGAGAGAGAGAGCUAGAUAAGAGAGAGAAACAUGCAGAUAAUUCUUUCGACGAAAAUGUAGAAUGACAGGGAAAAGAAUUCAAAUUAUUAACAAUUAAAAAGAAAUGUACCUAAUGCUAAUUAUUAUACCAUUGACUCGCCUACUAAAAAAAAAAUUUCAUUGCUAUUAUACAUGAUAUAUUAUAUUAUAAAGAUAUAGACAUAUUAAAAUUGUUACCGCAUAAUGUAAAACUGUUGGUAAUAAAAUAAAACAGAUUAUACUUGUAA